AUGGCUGCAGCAUUUGUGUUCAGACUACAUGACAGAGGUCCAGAGGUUGUGAGGGAGGUGCUUCUGGAGCGAGGAUGGGAGGAAUAUGACCAGGAAGAACGAGAGGAAAAAGACUGGAACCUGUACUGGCGGGGCUCUGCAUUUCGCAACUCAGAGUAUCUCAACCUGAUGCCAUGGCAGCGCCUAAACCACCAUCCCAAGACUGUUGGCAUCACACGCAAGGACUGCUUGGCACGCAACCUGAGGAGAAUGAGAGCUACAUUUGGUUCCUCUCUCUACGACUUCAGUCCCACCGCGUUCAUCCUCCCCAACGACUACACACGCUUCCUGUCUGAGUACAACAAACUGCGUCUGACCCGAGGGGCGGCAGUCUACUGGAUAUGUAAACCUGUGGAUCUCUCCAGAGGCAGAGGGAUCUUCAUCUUUGACGAUAUUAAGGACUUGGUCUACGACUGCUCUGUGAUCGUCCAGAGGUACAUCAGUAAUCCUCUGCUGAUCUCUGGCUACAAGUUUGACCUGCGGAUCUACGUAUGUGUAAAGAGCUUCCACCCACUGACUGUUUACAUCCAUCAGGAAGGUCUGGUUCGUUUUGCCACGGAGAAGUACAACCUGUCGUCUCUGCACAACCUGUAUGCUCAUCUCACCAACACCAGCAUCAAUAAGUUCGGCCCCUUCUACAAGACUGAGAAAGAGAGAGUGGGCCAAGGGUGCAAGUGGACCAUGAGCAAGUUCCGGCAUUUUCUCCACAGCCAGGACAUCCACGAGCUUCUUUUGUGGCAGAAGAUCAUUAACAUUGUCACUUUGACACUCCUCACCAUUGCUCCAUCUGUCCCCCCCUGUCCAAACUGCGUGGAGCUGUUUGGCUUUGACAUCCUGAUUGACGUCAAGUUUAAACCUUGGCUGCUGGAGGUCAACUACAGCCCUGCACUGACUUUGGACUGCCAAGCGGAUAUUACUGUGAAGAAAGGGCUAAUCGGAGAUCUGAUUGACUUGAUGAACUAUACAUUGACUGACAGCUUGAGAGAGAGGGCGUAUCAGAGACGAGGGUACAAGCAGCCAUGUUUCCAUGCUCCCUCCAAGUUUAAAGAAAAUAAAUUCCAGAAGCGAAGAAGUGGUUGCCAGUCCUCACAGAAACUCCCUCUGAUAAAAACUCAUCGCCAGCUUGAAAAGAUGAACCAAAGAGAGUCCAAACACCAUCCUUUUGUAGCUGACUACCAAGGACACCUUCCCCCUGUUGACUUGAACAAGACAUAUGCAACCAGCAGCAAGACAGUAAACACCACAGCCAACAAAACCCACACUGACAAGACCCUGAACCUGAUACUCGGCCCGCAUUCAAGGACAAAUGUCUCAGUGGUAAACAGACAGACAUGUCCAGCUCUUGCACCGCGGCUGACGGACAACAGGAGUCUUCACAUGUCUGAAGUUACAAACCAUGACGACAGUGAAACAGAAGCUGAAAUGGAGCUUUCAGGAGAGACGGACGUUUCCUCUACGAUACGCGAUAUCCCACACAGGGGGCCGGGACUCAGACUGUCUUCCAUGUCCUUCAAGCUCCCGAACAUUUACAGCGGGAGUGACAAACCCGUGAAGAUGGAAAGAACCCUGGCAUUGAACGGACAACACAUUCCUCCGCUCAGAGUUGGAGACUUCAUUCGGACGUUCCCAUUUAAUGCGGCUACUCUGAGGGCCUCACAGCAUGAACUGGAUGUUAAACUCGUCAUACAGGAGCUUCACAAGAUCACUGCUCAGUUGGCAAAAAGUCGGACAUCAGGCAAGAGGAUGAGGAGAGGAGAAGAGGAGGAGGUGAAGAAGGAGACAGAUGGUGAGGAAGACUUUGAUUCACUGUUGUGGGGGCCAAAGGAUCCUCCAUUGCUCAGCCAAUGCUUCAAAGCCACUUAAAGUGAUGUGUUUUAUUUAUUUUGGAUUGGUUGCUAAGCACUGAUUUUUUUUCUAUAGAUUUUCCUUUCAGUUUCUGUUAUGUCUAAGAAAACAGAAAUGUAUAACACAUUACUCCUGUACGCCAAAGUAUUUUCACAGGAAAAUUCUUUCGGACAGCCAUGGGUGUAUUCAUAAAAAAAUCCAUGUGGCUUUU